AUGUUAGAACAAAAGCGGUUAAAUCGACAGACGUCCAGAAUGGCACGAUUUGUGGCAUUGAUGGCAUUGGCCGGGUGUCUUGUGCUGCUCUGCAGUCAUCUACCCUCGGCGCGGGCACGUGUAAUUGUGCGACGUCAGGCGGAGGAAUCCGGGCCAACCAUGGCUUCAAACAACAGCGAACAAACUGUAACGGACGAGGUGCUCGAAGCGACAACGUUGGCCCCGACUGAUGAAGAUGCAGCCAAUAAGGUGGCGACAACUCCACCCAGGCCAAACGAUCGUUUCGAACAGUUCCCGGCCGAUGGUUUAAACUCGGACAGUGCUGUCAUUUCGGGCGAUGAAAGUGAGGAUGAGUUAUUGGCGUCUUCCCUUUCGGAAACGAUGGAACGGCAGUCGAGCGGUACCGAGGAGGAAGAAACUAUUGCCAAAACGACACUAGCGCCAUCUGGCGAGGAAUCCAUGGGCUCCACGAGAGACUCAUCCAGCACCGGAGAAGAGGACAGUGCGAAUUCUUCUUCCUCGCAAGGAACAAUUGAAUCGCUGAGCGCCAGCCAGCAGCAAUCCGAUGCGGAUGUGUCCGAUAGGAGCGAGGACUCGACGGAACUGGCCGCAGUGAAUACGGUGGCAUCUGCAGAAUCAUCUGCAAGCAAUGAUAUUACCACCCCGGCACCAACAGCCGCUCCUGCCCGUUCGGAUGUUCCAAAUGAGGUGGGCUCUGAAGCGGAGAGUCUCAGCAGUGGUAGUGUAUCAUCGUCGACGGAGUUGCGAACAUCGGAAUCGGAACCGUCGUCUGAAUCGGAUCAAAGUUCACGGCCUGAAAGCACGGAACAAACGGUCCAGCGACAGGAACCGAUUGAGCAGGACUCGCUGGCCGAGGAGACCACCACCGAGGCCAAAGUUAAUGUUGGUGAUGAUAAUGACGGUAGUAGUGUCGUCGCACCAACCUCAGUGCCCGAGCUACCCGAGGCAAACCCAGACGCGGAAACGUUAAGUGCCCCGGGUUCAAACCGUACCGAGGACGACGGCGCACGGUUCGACUUAAGUAGGUAUACGGCACCGUCCAACUACUCGCAGGGUGCUGUACCGCGGAACGAAAAUUCCACUGAUGAUGGUGAAAAAGAACUUAGCACGGAGGAACCUUUGUCGGUGACCACACUAUCGACGCUUAACGUUGGCGCGGAAGAUGAGUCCACCGCUGAUGGAGUACGUGUGAACGAAAGCGUGGAAAGAAACAGUUCCGUGUCGGUGGAAAGAACACAGAUCGAAACGAAUGCAUAUGAAGAAAGUUCCAAUGAGGUGGAACGCAACCAGACACAGGCCGGUACGAUACCAUCGCGCACCAAGAAGGGCAAAUUCUUGGACCAGUUCAAUGAGGAAACUACCGAGGACAAUGAUAUUAACCUGCCGAACGGUGCUGCCUGGGCGUUGGCCGGAAUGCGCAUGGUGGAGCGAAAGCAAUCGGACGCUGGUCAGGCAGUGAGCGAAAGCACGGAAACGGUACGGGAUGAUAGCGAGAAUGUGGUGGCAAACAAUACGCUCAAGCAGCUGAUGGAUUGGGCAAUUAUUAUGCAGCAAGCGGACUUUGCGAAUAGUUCCUUCGUGCGUUCCACCGUAGCGUCGGAUGAACCGUCGGUCGGUAAGGACAGGCGAACGUACGCGAAUAAGGUUCCGACUGUCGAGGGCGGUGAUGUUCUAAGCGAGGAGAAUCGCUUAACAGCGGUCGUAACAGAAACUGCACCAACGAGAGCCGUCGCUGAUGGGGAGAGUAUGGCCACGGAAGCGGAGGAUGCAAAUGUGGUCGAUACAACGUUUGUCCCAUCAACCGAAAAACCCGAUCGUGAUGGGCAAGAGUUGGAAGAUUUCAAAUUUGAAGAUCGAUCUACUAGCAGCACUACGGUGGUGAAUGAGAUUGUGGGUACUAGCGAGAGAGUAAACGUUGUUCCCACCACCACAAGACGUACUUAUGAAGUUAGUGAAAAUGUGGACGAAACUGAGGAAUCUUCGAAGAUUCGUAACACACCGGAAAUUCGAACUUCAACAACGACCACUCAACGAUCGGACGUUAGCACUGGUGUAGGUAUAUUUGACGAUGUUCCGAUAACGACCUACUCUCCUGUGGCACCAAUCCUAAGACGCACAGAGCAAACUACUCCUCCAAUACCGCUUACAACCAUGAUCACGCGUAUCGCUAGCACGAUGCCUGCAAGACGUCCAAUUACCUUGCAGCAAGAACUCGCCGCCAUGACAACCACGGACGUGUCGAUGAAGGAAAUUACCAGUACGGACGUGGGUAGUGCUUCAGUCACUACCACAGUGUCCAGCAGCGAAUUACCACCGCGCGAAGGUUCCGAACCUAAGCCACUAGAGCAGGACUCGACAGAAUUUUCGGAAGUGAGCCAAAAUGUGCGAAGCGACGAAAGGCUUCUGGUGACCACAUCCACCAUGGCAAGCGUGACCACCGUUGUGCCGAACCUGUCCAGUGCAACGCUUACAAACAACGUUGAGUUUGACGAUUCCUCUGCGGGGGAAAAUUUAAUUGGACAGUCGAGCGUAACUACCGAACGUUCGGAACCACCCCAACCGACCACUGACGAAACCGCUGACGAUGGAGGCAAAGUUCCGAUUGUUUUAGAUGACAAGCAUGUGUACGAUAUGGUUUCAACAACGACACUUGUAGCAACAACCACCACCACGACCACGCCAUCUUCAGCUCCUACAACGGAGGUCAGUCCUGGAACGUCACCGAACGGUUCGGGACAAUCGGUUGGAAUUUCGGCCGAAGCUUACACUACACGUCGCACAAUUGAUCGUUCCAUGACGACAACCGAACUGUCGGAGGAGGAAUCCGUCACGGAGGAAGACUACAUCGAGCUGAACAAUGUUCCGGCUACGGGAGGUAGUAAUCAACCGCAGGGAGAUGGCCAGAAUCAGACGGAACAGGGUGUUCCACGGCAGGGUACUAACGGUACGACGGAACAGUCGCAGAGCGAACCGGCAGCAGAAGAGGAUAACAGUGUUGUCGUGGCUGUGGUGGCCAGUAUCGUGAGCGUGAUCGUGGUGCUACUAUUGAUAGCGGCUUUCAUGUACUAUCCGCCGUUGCAGAUCGUGUUCCGCAAGCGCCAGAAUCAGGUCUCGUACGGACAGCGCUGUCGCCCGGUAGGGCUGGAUGCGUACAGUUUGGACAACGUGUCCGUGUACAAUAGCGUCCGCCGGAAGGGCAAUACGGCACGCAUGUCUAAACGUUCGUACGGUAACUCAGCGUUCGAAGAUCCCAACUUCAAAACGAACCCACUGACGGUGGCCGAACUGGCAAACAUCAUUCACAACAAAACGGCCAUUUACGACGAGUUUAAGGAGAUCCCGAAUGUGACGGCCCGGGCUGAUGAGGUACCGGAAGGAUGUGAGGAUAAGAAUCGGUACGCAAACGUAGUUCCUUUGCCGGAAACGCGUGUUCAUCUGAAGCGCAUGAGCGACGAUGAGAAGACGGAGUACAUUAAUGCUAACUUUGUGAAGGGUCCCAAGGAUUCCGCCAACUACUACAUCGCAUGCCAGGCACCGAUGGAGAACACGAUCAAUGACUUCUGGCGCAUGGUGUGGGAACAAAACUCAAAAGUCAUCAUCAUGGCAACAGAUCUGAGCGAGAACGGGGUGGAAAAGUGUGCCGAAUAUCUGCCGCCAUCGGUCGUUCUGGACAACAGCCGCACGUUUGGAGAUUUCCAGCUUACGUUGAAAAAUCGUGAAAAUAAGGAGAAGUACACAAUCUCGACGGUGCAUAUGCGACACACGCCCAGCAACAAUCUGCGCGAGAUCAUGCACUUCUGGUAUCAGUGGCCCGAUACGGGCGUCCCGAUCGACGAAUCGUCCAUCAUCGGUAUGCUGCUGGAGGCACGAACCUACCUGAAGCUUUCCCCCUCGGAGCUGGCCGAAUUUGCCACGAUCGCUGAGGAGACUGAGGAAUCGUCUCCGGUGCAGCCGAGUGGAGCGGCCAAUGGAACGGAUACCACUAACACUAGCAAUAAUAAUAACAACAACAAUAACAACAAUGCCACCAGCAAUGGUACGGCGGGCGCCGGCAAAGAGCCGUCCAGCAUCGUCAGCAACGGUGGCACCAUGGACAAGCACAAAUCGCUACAACGAACUCAGGGACCACUCACCGUACACUGUUCGCCGGGUACUGGACGUACCGGAACGCUGGUCGCGUGUGACAUUGCGCUGCGUCUACUAGAGGUGCCACCGCGUACGGUGGAUCUGCCACAGAUAGUGUACUACGUACGACGAGGACGGGCCAGUGCCGUGCGAACACGCGAACAGUACGAACUGAUCUACAGGGUAGCUAACGUGUACGCGACCAAAUUGACGGGACCGACCAUAGAAACAUAGGAAAGACUCAUUUAAAAUCAAGUAUUGUGAGUAUGUUCGACACAAACCACUCGGAUGGAGAUGAGCGUUCCAUCGGUCCACGAUCCUCCAGAGACUCGAUCGACACUUGGAUGGGGUGCGAGAGGGAAGCAGUAAAGGAUGAACGACACCAACCAAACACCACCAGCAUACGACAAACUGGCAGAAACUAAUACUUCUAGGCCUGCAAAGCCACCAGCAAUACAUGGAGAGAAAUGGAUCCUUUUCCAUCCUCUGCCAUCUUGUACUUUCCAGGUUCACGCGUGAACUGGACGCACUCUCACACAUUUCAAUCUGACCCCCCACUGAUUAAGUCCCGAGCGAGAUCGACAGUGACACAGACACCGUUUGGGUUGCCGGAUGGUGAUGCUGGCUGCACUCGGCGGUAGCGAACUGGGCAGACAGCAUCACCGUCUAGCCACGUGCUUCGGUGUCGGGAUUACUCAUAAUACUUGAUUUUAAUCUCUAGCAGGGACUAGAGAAAAUCGCGAUAAUCCUUCAUCCCAUUCCAAGCGCAAGUAGUAGUAGCAGCCGAAGUGAGAAGAAACGAGGGAACAAGAAAGUAUUUGCAUAAUCGCGGCAAAAUCAACAUUCCAGGAAAGGUUGCGUGUAUCUUUCUCUUCGUGAGGAGGAUACACGUUUGGCGAAAAUGCAAGCACGCUACCUUAAAUGUUGAUAACUGUAGAAAGGGGACAACACUUUAGCAAGGUUACAAUUAACUACUCAAAAUCUCAUCUACUCUCAUGCAGCACUUUCCACCUGUUUCCACAAGCCCGUGAGUUUAGGAGUUUUGUUUUGUACAUGUGAAGUUCCUCGUCGGUGUAUCGUUAUCCUUUGUUUUGUUUUGUUAGUGUCGUACCGUGAUGGUCCGGUUUGGGGAAGGAUAAGCCUUCGUUCUGUUUAAACUAGCAUAGGCAUGUAUAGCUCAAGAAAGAGGAAUCGUUUAACGAUCAGCUCAACAGCGUGUUUAACAGCUGGCGCUGGAAUUUGAAAGAACUGCAAUAUAGGGUUCCCUAGGCAUGAGAAGCUAUCGACUAACCAUUAACGAAGAACUAACCGUGUUUCAACACGGUCACGGGGAGGUCCGUUAAAGGAGAGAGAGAGAGAGAAAUCGGAAGGAUAACUUUGUUUUGUUGCAAUAUAGGAUGUAAUGGAGCCGUUAAACUCAAUACAUUUAUCAUCUAUGACACUCUUAGGUUAGGUACGAAAUUAGAAUAAGAAAAGUGUCCCGCCCGAUUUUCUCUUCCACCUUCCUCGCGUGCCCCCCCAUAAGGUUAGAUAGAUUUCCAAUGCACGUGCCUUCAUCUGGUAAAUUGCAUUGAAUUGCUCCGCAGUUGGAAACGACCGAUGAAUUGAACUAACUGACGAUAGAUUUGAUUAGAAAUGUGAUACUUUAGCUACGGGAUAUUUACUACCGGAAAAAAAAUGGAAGACACACUUACCUAUUAUUAUACACGGCAUAGAUUUAUAGGCAAAUUUAUAAUAAUAAAUAGGAAGCAAAGGGUAGAAAUUAUGUGGACGUACCAAUCGCGACGCAUCCCAUCUGCACGAGUAACCUCACGAGAGUUCAGAACGUGUGUUACCCCGUUUGAGACUAGAUAUUGGGCAGGCAGUGGGUAAAGUUUAGCUUUAGCACAAAUGGGUAUCGAUUUCAUACAGCUAAUGAUGCUUAUCGUCCUGCCACGAUUGUGUGUGUGUUGCAUAUUUAUAUACCAUACACUCGGCCUCCCAUCAACCUGAUAUUCUGAUCUGUCCUUACAGCGACGUAUAUCGUUUACAGUGGUAAAGCUUAUUCCACUUAAAACAAAAAAAAGCUCAAAAGGCUAAACAUUUAUCACGGCACAAAGACAAACUUUAUGCCGAUUAUUUAUCCGCGAUGAGAUGAAAAGCGUAAUUUCGUAAUGCAUGAAUCUGUUUUUGGUUUUUUUGUAGCGUGCGAACGAAUUGUACAUCGUACGAGAAAAACUAAUACCCGUCUGAGGCUGAAAACUUAACGUAACGAACGACAAGCAAUUGAACGAGAUUUCUGUGACCAUGUUGCGUGGGACAAAAUUAUACUCCCCGGGACAUGGUACUACUUGUGUAGAAG